GGCGCCUAUGGCCGAGGAAGCCUGCCGGGCGGCAAGAAAGAGUGGGGGACCGCCGCGGCAAGGCGAGGGAGGUCCUGGCCGGCCCAGCUGAGGGCGCGGGGGAAGUUCCGGAAGCGUAGCGGCGCGUCGAGGGGCGCCCGAGGAGGGAGGCCAUGUCCAUGGAGGACCCCUUCUUCGUGGUGAAAGGGGAGGUUCAGAAAGCAGUGAACACUGCCCAGGGGCUGUUCCAGAGAUGGACAGAGCUCCUGCAAGAUCCAUCCACAGCUACAAGAGAAGAAAUUGACUGGACCACUAAUGAGCUAAGGAACAAUCUAAGGAGCAUUGAGUGGGAUCUUGAGGACUUAGAUGAAACUAUUAGCAUUGUUGAAGCUAACCCUCGGAAGUUCAACCUUGAUGCGACAGAACUGGGUAUAAGAAAAUCCUUCAUAGCAAGCACACGACAGGUGGUCAGGGAUAUGAAAGACCAGAUGUCAAAUACUUCUGUUCAAGCUCUGGCUGAAAGGAAGAACAGGCAGGUACUUCUGGGUGAAAGUGCAACUCAUAACUGGAGCUCUGUGCCUGACAAAUAUGGCCGUUUGGAUCGUGAAAUGCAGUCUGUGAAUUCACACUUCAUUGAGGAGCACCAGGCACAGCAACAGUUAAUCAUUGAGCAGCAGGAUGAACAGUUGGAGCUGGUCUCUGGCAGCAUUGGGGUAUUAAAGAACAUGUCCCAGCGCAUUGGAGGAGAGCUAGAUGAACAAGCAGUCAUGUUGGAUGAUUUCGCUCAUGAGAUGGACAGCACGCAGUCACGACUAGAUAAUGUUAUGAAGAAGCUUGCAAAAGUAUCCCACAUGACCAGUGAUCGGCGACAGUGGUGUGCAAUUAUCAUUCUCUUUGUUGUUCUGCUGGUGGUGAUUAUCCUGUUUUUUGUGUGAUGACAAAUUGGAGCUCAAAUACUUUACCUAGCUCCUUUCUCAAUGAAAUCUCAGACGCUCUUCCUGUCCAACAGAGAAGAUUCCCAUUAUAAAAACCAUGUCUUGGGAGCUUGAUACUGUGCUCCUCUGUGGAUGGACACCAGUAGCAUGACUGAAUCUCAUGGUUCUUCUGCUCAUAAUCCUGAUCAACUUGCUGAGGAAAUAAUAGAAUACUAACAAAUGCCCAAACUGUGCUGUCACAGGAAGCACUUCCUGCAGGUUUUGGACACGGCUGUUUUUCUGCGCUUUUCUCUGAAGCAAGUGGAUUGGAACGGAAGGAGCCAUUUCCAUCCUGUUGCAGGUGUGAACCAUUUUCAGGAAGUAUUUCAGAUGCCUUUCUUCUCCUUGUAAAAACAGAACUCCUGGCCGUGUUAAAAGCCACAUACAGACACAACGGCCCUUGUGGGAAAGCAUUCAGUUGCCCAGAGGAUUCUCUUCAUAAGCCAGUUUACACAGCACUGCCCUGCAAACAAUCAUGGAGCUACAUGGGCCAACUAAAGCAGUCACUAAAUUCACACUGGUUUUUCUCCAGAACAUUAUUGUGCUAUCAAUCCACGAAGGCUAAAUACCUCUGUACCCAAUGUUAAAACUUCAUAGAGUGAUACACAUUUCAUGUCAAGCAGAUCUGGUUCUAUAGCAGGCUAGGAGAAACCUUGGGCAAAAUCUGCUAUACAUGUUUGAAUUGUACCUAUCAUGUGCUAUCAUGCCUCAGGCUGCUGUAGUUUGACUUCAGUUUUCAGAGCUUUAACCUCAGUUUCAUUACACUGCAAAGUGGGAAGCCAGUAAGCUUACUGUAGCUAAAGUCUUGCUUUUUUCUGUGAAUUAUUUUUGGCUUUGAAAGUAAGCCUGGUGAGAAGAGAUCUUAACCCAUAGGGGGUCUGUUCCCUCUGGAUGCUGCUUUUCACUAACAGCUGCUUCUGUCUGGUGACUGACUGUGUCAGGUCUAAAAUUUAAUAGUUUAAGGGAAAGGUGGCUGUCAAUCAGACAGGGCGUCAUUCUCUCAUGUGUAUUAAAACAUGUACCUAUUAAAGAAGGGUACAUCUUAUUAGAUGUACAAGCAUCCACAAAGAUAUCAAGAAUUGCACUACCAUGUUAACAGUAAUAGUGAAGCUGGUCCAAAGCAAAGGGGAGUCACAAAGAAAAUGAAAGCUAGUAAUUCCUGAUCUUUUCAGUCCUGUGAGGAUGAAAUAAAUUGUCCUCCACAGUUUUAAUGUAUGAAUCAUGUAGGAUAGGUAGGAACGUGGUGCACUUCUUCCUUUGAAUAGAUAAGAGGGGUUUGGCCUCUUGGAAUGCUUGAGUGAAAAGAUGAAUGAUGAUGGGCAGCCAGAGAGGAGAAGUCUCAUCGCCUCUACUGGCCUGCAAUACAGAGCAAUAAUCCAAGGAAACAUAAAUUCAUACAGGGAGCAGACAAGUUCAGUUGGCCUAGCCAGCUCACUCCAUGCCCUGCAUCCCCUAGAAGUUUAUUUGAUAUACUGGGGUUUCUGGAAAGGUGGAGAGAAGUCUCUCACUGGGUGAGUUCCUAUAGAAGGGAGUUUCCUGAAGGUAGAAAUUCUGAACACAACUAUUUUACUGUGUCAUUAAGCUUUUUUUUCCCCCCUUCCCUUCCUCUUCAUCUCAUCCAUGAUGAGUGGUCAGGUAUCUCACUCCAACUUUCUCUGUGUUGCAGAAUGUCUGCUUUGUCUAAUACCCUCUGAAACACUUAGUGUCAAAAGCCUGGAUGUCCACUUGGUGGUCUGGAAUUAAUCGCUGUCCUCCAGCCCAUCACUUGCAGAAGUACGUUCAGUUUCAAUGUUCAUUGAGGCAAUUUGUACACAGUAGCAAGAACUGAGCCUAGCUCUUGUCUUUUAGCAUUCCACUGCAUCGUUCCUCUCAUUUUUAUUUCUUACUUUUUUGUAACAUUUUAAAUGGAUUGCUUACACUCCACCUCCUGUAUAAAUACUGUAAUGCUGUCUACUGUAUCUCUUAGUGACUAAGUGAAUGAAUGUUGUUUUCCCCUUUACAUUUGUCGUUAACGCAACCCCCGUCCCCCAUCUAAAGAGGGUAAGAAAAGUCUCUGUGGCUCUCAGUGUCUCCCUUUGAGUGGCUGCCUUCUUAGUGCUGCUGUAACAAAGGGGACUUUUGUUUGCGUGAACAAUUCUGGUCUGGCUGGUACUUCAGAACAGGCAAUGCUUUUGUUUUGAACUAAAUUCCAUAAAAAUACAACUUCUAGACAUGAGGAUACCAAUAUCGAGACUUGCUUUCAAAACAGCCACAGUGUACAAGUACUGUUCAUCCACUCUAUAGGGACCCAUCCCCUUUCACAAGAAAACUGCUCAUUUUAACAUCAUACUGUGUUUUGUUUGUGCCUUAUUGAGAGCUUAAAAAUUUAACUGCUAAUGGGAUGAAUCCUGCAAAACUGUUACACAUGAGCAAGUUAUAGGAAAAGACACCUGUUCCCAAAAAGUAAAGCAUGACUUUAGGUUGGUAUUAGUGGUCCAUAAGAUAUGAUGCUGAGAGCCAGCAUGGCAUAACGGUUUGAGUGUUGGAUUAUGACUCUGGAAUCUAGGGUUUGAGUCCCAGCUCGGCCAUGAAAUCCACUGGGUGACCUUGGACAAGUCACAUGCUCUCAGCUUCAGGGGAAGGAAAGGGAAAACCUCCUCUGAACAAAUUUUGCCAAGAAAAUGAUAGGCUUGCCAUAAGUCAGAAAUGACUUGAAGGCACACAACAACAAAAACAACAAGGUAACGAUGCUGGAUCUCUGCUCUGGGAGUGGUUGGAUCAUUUGGUCACAUUUACUGCAGAGAGGUGUCAGAUUUACUUGCUUUUGAAGAAGGUUGCUGGAUUUAUCCCUGUAUGAAUAAAACUGCUCUGGCCAUGCCUUUCAUUCUUUAAACUAAGUUGUAUAAGUGGUCUCUAGUUCUAUUUCAGAAAAAGUGUGCCUCACUCAACUCUUAACAUUUUGGAAAUGUGCAAAGCCCAUGGCUUCUGUCACACUGCAUAAUUUAAGGACAAGGAGGUACAUUCCAAUUUGUUUUGGGGGGGGGGGGGGAAUCAACAAAUAGACUUUCUUGACCUGCUUAGGCAUAGCCAGUGUGUUUUUGUACAGUAACUGUAAUUCAUCUAACACUGCUCCAUUGUUCCAUUAUUUUACAGAUGUCAAGAAACUUAAGAAGCCAGUGGCCUAUGUAAAAAUAGCAGUCAUAGCCAGCAGUUAUGCUCCCUAGUUGUAGAGUAUGCACAGGCUUAGAAGGUGAAAUGGGUAGAAUGUGGCUUAAGCCAAAUUGUUCCAGUCUUUCCACUAUUCUGGGUUAAGUUAGUAUUGUGUAUGGCCUCUUCAUUGAGGCCUUUUAAGAUGCUGUGAAAGGAGAGGAAAGUUGUGUUUGCAUAUCCACUGGAAUCCAUGGGAAUUUACCAAAUGUUAGGAUCACCUUGGAUAGUGGGAGGGGGGGAAUUCUUGAUUUUUUCCAACUAUCUUUUAGUCCACCAACACAGGGCGACCCCAAACAACCAUGGUAACACAUGGCAAAUAAUCCUGUGCCCAUUAGGUGAAGAGAGGCAUUGGCAAAAAGGACCUUUUUUGUAUAGAAGAGGGAAUGUUGGUGUCUCUGUCCUGCUGAGUUAGUUCCCUUUGGUUGAAGCUAAUGUAGCAAGAUGGCUAAGAUCAUGAGCUGGAGAUUAAGGAGGCUCCAAUUCAGAUCUUAGCUAUGAGUUCAUGAGAAUGCCUUAUGCAAGCUGCACCUUGCCUCAGCAGCUGUAGUUUAAGAGCUGCAGGGAAGAGCUUAUUCUGUCUGCAUCAGCCCCAUAUAUGUAUUUUUAGCUGUUUGUAAAGAAAAGCAAAUGAGCAAGUAGUUGUGAGGCUCAAAAUUUUAUUCUUCCCCCUUUAAAAAAGGAGAUUCAUUAUUCAUAAACAUGUAAGAAGGGAUGUUUUUAAUGUAUUUCCUGUGGAAUUGCUGGCAGUAGGUCAUCUGGGCAUUAAUAGACCAUUUCAUAUGACAAAUUAAUCAGGCAUGGUGUUUCUGGCUAUGGUGCUAUUCUGUGUAAUGUUAACAUAUCACUUGGUAGGAAAGGAAAAACAACCGAAUGGGAAAGUGUUUGCCAUUUGGGGUUUCCUACAGAUUAUCAUCCACCCAAAAAACCAUGUGGGCAAGGUAAAUCACUUUUGGGGGGAAAGUGCUCUGGGGUGCUAUGUAUGGUACUAUGUACCAUACAUAGCUACUGCACAAAUAAUAAUGCACUUCAGUUACCUGCCCGCAUCACUUGAAAACUACGCUGAAUUAGCAGAGCAAAAAACAUCUGUGGAUAGGCACUGAAAUGCUCUGUGAGGAGAACUGUUGGCCAUCAUUUCUGAUGGGAGAAAUGGUGAUAAGGGACUGCAGCACAUUCAGGUGAAAACCUCCAGGCAUUGUCAGGGGAAACCAUUGCAACUAAAAUACAUAGUGCAAUUAUGAAAUUUUGUCAUCCACUGUUUAUUAUUCAUGCUGUCGGAAUCAUGUUAUGGUUACUUAAAAGAAACAAAAAAAAAAUGAUCUUGCUACAGUAUUAAAGAUGGAGAUUGACUUAC